AUGAGCAGUUCUAAUAUCAACGAGCAUUACAAAAUCAACGGAAUUAUAGAAAAUAAAAUUAUUAAUGAAGAUGAUGAAAGUUUAUUGAACAUGAAGAAAGAAGAAGUAAGUUUAAAUGGGAAAUAUGAAGAAGAGCCAAAGAUGGAUUUAACUGAAAACAAAAUUGAUAUUGAAGAUAAGAAUACUAAUAUGAAUGAGUUUACAAAUAUUUUUUCAAAUAUAACAUUAUGUUUAAUGGGAAUGUCUUCAGUAUUAAUGUAUAAUUGUGUUUUGAAUACAACUCCUCAUAUACAUGAAUUAUUAAAUAAGAAUAUUGUAGUAUCUUCAACAUUUUUUCUAUAUUUUUCUAUUUUAGUUAUUGUAUCAUUGUUAAGUUCCUUAUUUAUAGAAGUAAAGACUAGAACAUAUGAUGUGUGUUUUAUAUUAUCAUUCAUAUUACAAAUGAUAUAUCCAUUUACUAUAAAAUAUUUUUAUGAUAAAACAGUUUUUUUUUAUGUACUAGUAGGAUUAAUUGGUGCAACAUGUUCUAUGAUGAAAACGAUGAUAUUUUCAAUAUCUUCUAUUGUUGUAAAUAAUUCAAAAGUUAUUUGUUUAUCAUAUGGUUUAACUGGAGUAUAUUCGUUAUUUAUAACAUCAACAUUUUUUUAUUUUGUUAUUAAGAUAAAUAAAGAUGUUCAAAAGUUAAUGUUAUCAUUAUUUAUAACAUCAGCUAUUAAUUGUGUAUUUAUAUUAGUAUCUUUUGUAUGUUACACUAUAUUAAAGAGAACGAAUAAUUUUAAAGAAAAAUUUAAGAUUUAUAUAGAAGAGAGAAAAAAUAAUAAAAAUUCAAGUGAUGAUUCUUAUAAAUAUUAUGAAAGUGUAACAGAAAAAAAAACACCAAAUAUUUCAUAUCCAGUAAAUAUUAAUAGUAUCAUAUAUGAAACCAAAACAGAUAACACUGAAUCCAAAUAUUCAUUAACAAAAAAUGAUUCCAAUUCGGUGGAUAUAAAGAGUAGUAGUAAUAAUACUAAUAAUAUGACUAAUAAUGAAAUAGAAGAUAAUAAAAUAUUACAAGAAUUUAAUUCAAAAAAUAAAAAAUAUAAUGACUUACUUCUUAAUGACACGGAAACAUUAUCACUUACUGAUAGUAAAAAAGAAGAAAAGAAAAAUGAUCAAAAUCAAAAUGAUCAAAAUCAAAAUGAUAAAAAUAAUAAAAAUAAAUUCUUUUUAUUUAAUAUAAAUAAAAAAAAUAUAAUAAAUCAAGCAAAAAUUAAAGCAUUCUUAUAUAAAAAAUCUUUCAUAUUUUUAUUUUGUACCUUUUAUAAUAUAUUCCUCAAAAUAUUAAUAUUUCCAGUUGUUUGUCCAGAAAUGUGGACUAAUAAUGUAGAUGAAAGAUAUAUAUUAAUUGGUAUUGUACAAUUCGCUGAUUGUAUAAGUCGUAUUUUCCCAUCCUUUGCAGGAACAUUUCCAAUAUUUAAAAUUUUCCUCUUGACACAAAAAAAAGUUUUAAUUUAUUCAUUAUUAAGAACUAUAUUAUCUGUAAUAGGUUUAAUCAUACCAUUAACACAAGAUACUUUUAUUAAUAAUUUCCUUUUUAAAUGUGCACUCAUUUUUUUAAAUAUAUAUUUAAAUGGUUGGUUUGUUAUCAUGUCUUUUAUAAAUGUACCAGAAAUUCUCAAACCUAUUAAUUCAAUGAGUAAUGUUGCAAUAGUUAGUAGUUUUGGUUCUACAUUACUUCGAGUUGGCUUGUUAACAGGCUAUGGCUGUUCGACCCUAUAUAAACAUUUUAUAUCAAAAAUGUGA